UUUUAUUCCGCGAGGACGGAGUCGCGGGUAAAAGCCAAAAUCAUGAAUACAACACAGAACGAAAACUUCUUCGUCACACCGAAAGAGUACGAUGGGAAGAAUAGGAACUGGUACAUUGAAGCUUCACCUGGAGAUCAGUUUUGUUCAGCAAAGAGUAAAACAUUGGAAGAAGUGUUCGUGGAGAUAAGUGUUGGUGCUGAUAAAGAAGUGAUUCAGUACCACGUGCCUUGUGCCUGUCAGUGCAGUGAACGUGCUGAGGUAUUUUCGAGGAAAUGCAACAACAGAGGCACUUAUGCGUGCGGCGUCUGCUCUUGUCCAAGUGGAUGGUCUGGCAAAUUCUGUGAAAAGAAAGAAUGUCAAGGCAUACGCGGCGACCUUCAGUGCACAAAUCCUGUUAAAAAUGAUGUGGAAUGCUCAGGGAACGGCGUCUGCGGUCCUUGCGAGGUUUGCGAGUGCUACACCGACCGUCCUGGCUCCAAAUACUUCGACAAAGAAAACUAUUGCGCUGACAUCUGCAUGACCACAAACGACUGCGACGAAUGCCUUAGCAACCCAGAGAACGGUAACUGCCCCGAUUGCCAUUUCCCUCUCAUCAAGAUGAGGUACAAUGAGACGCUAGUAAGAGAAAAGGACAGCCAGAACAGGAACAUCUGGAUAACUUGCAACGGAACAGUUGACAACUGCCCCAUAGAAUAUGUCGCUAAGAAAGACGAUAAUGGCGACGUGUUUGUUAUGGUGAUCAAGUUGUGUGAUGUAACCAACGAAGCGGCAGUUGCGGGUGGCACCAAUGUGACAAUCCCUGUGGUACUGACCGUGCUGCUGGUAGCCGCGGCAGCAGCAGCGACCGCCGGCUACUUGGUGUGGAAGAGUCGGCCGCCUGCACUACCCCUCGCCGACACCCAGUACCAGAACAUUGGCGCUGAAGACUGCGUCGGCUCUAACCCACUUUACAUACCACCCACGUCGUAUUAUAACAAUCCUACGUACGGCAAAAACUAGUCAGAAUGAAAAAUAAUGGGACCGAAGAUGAGAAAACGAAAAAGAACCAUCUGAUUGUUAUCGACAGUCGGAACUUGGUCCGCUCGCUGACGUAUCCCAUUCUACCGCCUGUUCAACACCACAUGAUGAAGAAAUUGCGCACAUCCGGUGUUCGAGUCGCAAAUUGUAGACUAUGUUUUACAUAUAAUAGGCACUGCUAGGUAUUAGAGUGUUUAUGUAAUACCUCUGUGAUAUUUAAGAUGAUUAAGUAAUGUAUAAGGUCGAAUGAUUCACGCCAUGCCACUUGUUUUCUAUUAGUAAUCUCGAUAGUGUACCCACUAAGUUAUAAGUUAAAUACGCGCUGACGCACAGUUUAUAUUGAUUUAAUACCGUUUGUAGGUAGUAGAGUUUGUCCAAAUUUAUAAUUGUUAAGGAAGGAAUCAACAGUAAUAACAAUUAGUCUGGUUUCGAUAUGGUUUUUGAUCUCUUGUUAUUAAACAAAUGUGGAUUCACAACGUCGUAGAAUAUGUUCGGUCAAAUAUUACAUCGAAUAUUACGUAAGAAUUAUAUCCCAUUGGUUAAAACAAUUAUGUGCUUUGUAUGUCUAACCAUGGGUUUCCACUGCCUACACAUGUAAUGAAACAUAGUGUUGUAUAUCUCGUUCCCUUAAGGCAGUAUAAAUACAAGGUUAUCUGUGCGUUAUAUUUUUUGAUGUAUUAAAAAGUUAAGGAAAUAGAUUUACAAAAGUUAGUAUUUAAUUAGAAAUGCAAAUACCAGCUUUUGAUAUUAUUUAAAAGAUAAAAGACGAUUGCAUGAGAGAUGAAUGAAAGAAUGCAAAUUAUGAUGACUAAGUUCAUAAAAGAUGUUAACUUGGAAAGUAGGAUGUUGCAGUGAUUUAUCACCGACUGCGUGUUAUUUUGGAUGUAGGGCUGCCAAGUUUAAAAAAUGUAAACCAGAACGCUGGAGGAU